AUGAAUAAUGCAACACUUUUCACACAUAUGUCCAAAUACGUUUGUGGAUGCUAUUAUACUAACUGGGCUCAAUAUCGACAAGGAGAAGGUAAAUUCUUACCUGAAGAUAUCCCAAAAGGCUUAUGCACUCAUAUUCUUUAUGCAUUCGCUAAAGUCGAUCAGUCAGGCACGUCACUAGCAUUUGAAUGGAACGAUGAAGAUACCGAAUGGUCAGAAGGGAUGUACUCACGAGUGAGAAAAUUGAAAGAGAAUGACCCAGAACUGAAAAUCCUUCUUUCCUAUGGUGGUUACAACUUUGGAUCAUCAACCUUCACUAAAAUAGCAAAAUCAGCGGAGAAAAAGAAACAUUUCAUUGAAUCAGCAAUAGCAUUUCUUCGCAAGAACAAGUUUGAUGGAUUCGAUCUUGAUUGGGAAUAUCCAACAGGUGUGGCUCGAGAACAUGCCAAACUUGUUGAGGAAAUGAAAAAAGCAUUUGUGAAGGAAGCCAAAACAUCCGGCAAGAAACGGUUACUUCUUACCGCCGCCGUAGCAGCAGGAAAAGGAAUUAUUGAUGGAAGCUACGAUGUUCAGUCCCUGGGAAAAAAUUUCGAUCUCCUAUUCCUGAUGUCGUAUGAUUUGCACGGUAGUUGGGAGAAGAACGUUGACUUGCACGGAAAGUUGCAUCCAACGAAAGGCGAAACUUCCGGAAUUGGCAUCUUUAAUACUGAAUUUGCAGCAGAUUAUUGGGCUAGUAAGGGUAUGCCGAAAAGGAAAAUUAUCAUUGGGAUUCCGACCUACGGUAGGGGAUGGACACUAAACAAUGCUUCAAAAACAACGAUCGGAGCAGCGGCAAAUAAUCCAUCGUUAGCAUCGACAACAAAUCCCGCUGGCGGUACUGCUGCUUACUGGGAGAUAUGCAAAUAUCUGAAAGAAGGCGGCAAGGAAACGGUUGAUGAAAAAGGCGUUGGAGUGUAUAUGGUAAAAGGAAAUCAAUGGUACGGUUAUGAUAACGAGGAAACUAUCAGAAUUAAAAUGAAAUGGCUCAAGAAGAAGGGUUAUGGUGGUGCCUUCAUAUGGACACUUGAUUUCGAUGAUUUCAAGGGUACAAGUUGUGGUAAAGGUCCAUAUCCGCUAUUAAAUGCAAUCAGUAAUGGACUUGGAAGCAGCUCCAUAUUUUGGGUGAAAAAUUUUACUAUUCCAAAAUAA